AUGGCGGAGCGGCUGCCGCCGGGCCCCCCGGUGAUUUUUUGCCAGGACUCCCCGAAGCGCGUCCUGGUUUCCGUCAUCAAAACCACCCCGAUCAAACCCUCCUCGCGGGGAGGCGGCGAGGAGACGGCGCCCGCCCCGCCCGUCCCCACCAGCCCCGGCUUCAGCGACUUCAUGGUCUACCCCUGGCGCUGGGGCGAGAACGCCCACAACGUGACCCUCAGCCCCGGCGGUACCGCCGCCCCCUCGGCCCUCCCGCCGCCCCGCGGGGGAGCGGGCAGAGCCCCCGCCGGGGACGAGGAGAAGGCGGGGAGCCCGGGCGGCGGCAGGCACCGGCACCUGAAGGAUGGGAUAAGGCGCGGCCGUCCGAGAGCAGACACCGUCCGUGACCUGAUCAAUGAAGGAGAGCACUCUUCCAGCAGAAUACGUUGCAAUAUCUGCAACAGGGUCUUUCCACGAGAGAAAUCGCUGCAGGCCCACAAACGAACUCACACUGGUGAAAGGCCUUAUUUGUGUGACUACCCAGAUUGCGGGAAAGCCUUUGUUCAGAGUGGGCAGCUCAAAACUCACCAGCGUCUCCACACAGGGGAGAAACCUUUUGUCUGCUCAGAGAAUGGCUGUUUAAGCAGAUUCACGCAUGCAAACCGUCAUUGCCCCAAACAUCCAUAUGCCCGACUGAAGAGGGAAGAGCUCACAGACAGGCUGAAUAAGAAGCAGACAGCUGACAAUAAAGCUGUGGCUGAGUGGCUAGCAAAAUACUGGGAGACUAGAGAACAGCGUGCUCCUGCUUUGAAAACUAAAACAAUCCAGAAAACGGAUCAGGAACAGCAGGACCCAAUGGAGUAUCUUCAGUCUGAUGAAGAGGAUGAUGAAGAGAAAAACAGCGCUCAUUCAGCUGCUCGCCGCCGCCGUCUCCAGGAACAGCGUGAACGCAUGCAUGGCGCACUGGCUCUCAUCGAGCUUGCAAACCUAGCUGUGGCACCCCUGCGACAGUAGACAGGAAGAGAGUCUGCCUAUACAAAAUGUACUUCUGGUGGUACUUAACCAGUUAGAUUCUGAGCAUAAGCUAAGCACCUUAUUUGCUUAUCCUAGGCUGCUAUUCUGUAGAAUUUAUGAAGAAUGUUGUCGCCUCAUAACAUGGGGUGAGAGAAUUGCACUUUUUGUAAGGUAAAAGACCGAUGUAAAGUUUCUAAGUAUUUUGUACAUAUGGGACUGCAUAAUGCAGGGUUGACAAAUUUACGUGUUGUGGGAAGCUAGAUUUUGCAAGGUUAACUCAUUUAUUUGAAGCAGUUUUCACAGGAAGCACUUUCUGAACAAAGUGUUUGCGAUUAGCAGGAUGGUACACAUGGCCAAAGAAGGCUGACAAAAAGAAAAGUAUCUGACAAUUUAAGCAAAUUUAUAUUAAGUGGUAGGUCUGAAGAUAUUGUUAAGCAGCAAUGAAACCGUGUUUUUCUAAUGUCAGUAUAUCUUUACCUAGUAUCACUGAGGCAGAAGGCAAAGCUUAGUUAUCUCAACUUGUAGACGGGAAGAAACUGCUUCAUGCAGGAAACUGUGAGAUCGUUCAGGAUCUUCACUGUGACUGCUCAAGGUAUGAGGCUUGACUUUGCUGUUUUAUGUUUUCCGAUUUGAUUUCAGCAGAAUCUCUUGGUAGCACUUGUUGUUCCUAACAUGUGAUGUUAGGAACUUUUGCACAUUGUUGGGUUUAUCUGAAAAUGAUUAGUCUUGCAAAGUCUAGACAAAGGUAAACAAUUGGUAAUAUUUUUUUCAGAUAUUUUUGGACCCUGUAGUGAUUUGGCACUUGAUUUUGUUAAUAAAGGGGAUAUUUACAGGGUGGUAUGGAUUUGUAGUAAACUAUUUUAGAUCUUCUAUUAGCAAACACUAAGUUUUAAAGUAUUGCUUUUAUAUGAUUAUUAGCAAAUAGAAGCCUCCGUACUUUCUGUGCAUAAAGCCACCUUAUUGCUUUACUUCAGGAUAACAUGCCCAUUUUGUGUUCACUAACUGUAGCACAGCUAUCAAUUAAACACUGCAGAAAAGUAUUCACUAUACAACUAGAAAAUAGGCUUCCAAGGAUAGUUACAAGUGUGUUAACAGUGUGAUUUCAUGUAUUUCCCAAAUAAAUGAAGUUACAGAACGCUGCCUAGUACUCAGAUGCUGAUAUAAAAUGUUUAGCAGCAUAUCUUGUCACUUCGUGAAUGUUGUAUACUUUCAAAUAGCAUUGUCUCAUGGUGAUCUUUUUCCGUAUUUUGCUUUGAAGGCACCCAGAGAUUCCUAAUAUGCUAAGGAAACUUUGUUUUCAGAUUGGACUCUUUGUUGUGUGGUUUUUUGUUUGUGUGGUUUUGGUUUUGGUUUUUUUUUUUUUUUUGUUAAGCUACUGCUUUAGGGGAUAUUAAUAAUUCAUAUUUACUGACCUGCUUGCUUUAACUCCUUCCUCUUGUUAAAGGUCAGGAAAUUCAGAUGAGAAGGGAAGCCACUUUCCCUCUCGGUUAAACAAGAGGAAGAAAUCAUUUUAUCAAUCACUUGAUGUAGACUGACCAGAUGCGUACAGCUGUUCUGGAAAAGUAGCGUGAUUUUACACCAGAAACUGCAACUGUUGGAUUAUGUUCUCUGAUAACUGAUAACCUGUUGUGGUUGAAAAUCUCAUUAACCCAGUUGGUUUAAAUCAUUUAUUGAUGCACUUAACUAAAGAGUAAUUGAAUAAUUAAAAAAAUCACUUUCAUUGAAUGUAAAUCAUUUUGCACCAGUGAUACGGUUUAACUUUUGCUUCCAGCUCCUAAACUUAGCUGACAUCAGGCUGAUUUGUUUCUGGUUUAAGUCUUUUAGGCUUAAAAAUAUGAAACACUGUAGUCGUUCUAGGCUUCUUAGCCUAUGUAAAACUGGUAAUUCACGUGUAGGUUUGGAGUUUCUCAAGUAAGUUACAUGCUUUUGACUGUUUGGUUGGCUGCAGGCAAAUGGUCUGAUCCCAAAAUGAGCCAUGAGCGUAAAUUCGUUGUACUUCUGAGUCAUAGCUCAGAAUUGCUCCUGAGUAGUAUUUCACAGGGCACAAGACUUGUGUAAUUACCAGCCAGUUGCAGACUGGAGUCAUA